AUGUCUUACUGCUCGUACCAGUUUUCCCUACCCCUCCUUGCACUUCUUCCACUUGUUUCAGCCCAUGGAUAUGUCGCACAAGUAGCAAUCGAUGGCACAGACUACUUUGGGAACCCUCCCAAUGCCAACCCCGUUCCCAGCAUCGUCAGACAGAUCAAUAAUGUCGCACCCGUGAAGGGUGCUUCCAACCCGUAUCUGAAUUGCGGACAAGAUGCUCAGCUCGCAUCACUUGUCGCCAACGCCAACCCAUCCAGUCAGUUGCAGUUUUGGUGGAAGGGUGGUGACGGCAGCAAUUGGCCCCAUAAUAUCGGUCCCAUCAUGACUUACAUGGCUCAGUGUGUCAACACGACAUGCGAUCAGUAUGAUUCAACAAACGCGGAAUGGUUCAAGAUCGAGCAGACAGGACUGCAGCCAGGCAAUACAGUUUGGUACCAGCAAAAUAUCAUGAAUGGUGGUCCAGCCAACGUAACUCUUCCUCCAACAUUAGCUCCUGGGCAAUACCUCAUACGACACGAGAUCAUCGCGCUGCAUCUCGCAAAUGAGAUGGGCGGCGCUGAGUUCUACCCUAGCUGCACGCAGGUUAAUAUUCAGGGCGACCAAUCGAGCGUCGCAUCGGCGAGUGAUGAAGUCACUUUUCCAGGCGGGUACAGCGAUAACGAUCCAGGAAUUUACGACCCAACGAUUUUUGACACGCCUGUGCAGUACACGUUUCCUGGGCCUCCAGUUGUCUCGUUCGCUGCAUCGCCGUCAAAUACUUCGUCACCGACAUCCUCCAAUUCUAGCUCGACUACUACGGGUACACCCGUGCCCUCUUCAACUGCGUCGGGCAGUGGAGGCGGAGUGCAGUGCCAAGUGAGCACGGCGCAAGCUGCUUUUUCUAUGUAUGCACGUCAGCCACGGAGUGUGUCAAGAGUGAUGAGGCGUUGGUGGGAGAGUUUAACCAGCUUGUCGUCAAUAGCCUCAUAG